GGUACUCGGAAAGGGACGCUGUCAUUCGCGUGAUUCAGAAUAGUAAAUAAAUACACAUCUAUAAAGCACCAUAUUAACCGAAAAAAGGCACGUAUAGGAAGCAUUUACUACGCUAUUGAUUACUGCCGGCGUUUUAAAAAAAACUAUUCGCUAUUCCUUUUGAUCCCAUCAGUUCUAGGGUUGGACCAGUUCCCAAAGGGCCAGAAUUUAUCAUGGCAGGGAACAGAAAUAUCGCCACCUUUUUAGAAAUGGACAACAGACAGGAUGUUGCUCACGAUCACGAUCAGGGGCACGAUGCCGAUAGCGCGGAAGAUACGGAUGAAGCGAGCGAAAGUGAGAUGGCAAGUGCUGCGGCGAGCCAGCAUCACAGCGUCGACGAACGGCUCGAAAUAAAGGAACAGAUGUACCAGGACAAGCUGGCCAACCUGCUCGGGCAGCUGGAGCUGUGCAAGCAGCGUAAGCAACCGGAGUAUCUAAAGAUCGUGGAGCGGCUGCAAAACGAACUGGACGACCGUUUGCUGCUGAACGAGGUGGAACGGGACUACCUGCUCGCCUGUGCCGAGCGUGACUGCAUCCUGGAGAAGGCGGCCGCGGAAAAGGAGUACGAAGAGAAGAAGGCUGAGCUGAUCGAAAAUUUGAUUGCCGAUCUGGAGGACCAGAAGAAGAUGAUCGAGCAGGAGUUUUCCUCGAUGGAGCUAAACGGAGACUCGCUCGACCUAAAGCCAACGGUAACGCGGAAGCUGCGCCGUCGGCCAAACGAGCCACUGCCGGUACCGGAGAAGCGUCGCAAGCCGACCACGAACCACCUUACGUUCCUGCUGGAGGACAAAGAGAUCGAGCACGAUUUGAAGCUCAUCACGCGCAACAAAUCUAGCUCCGCUAGCCGUGCUGCUGCUGCUGCGGCGGCGGCGGCGGCUGCACAGCAUGCUAUGAAUGAGGGUGCGAGUGGAAGCGGUGGCGGCGGUAGCACCGGCCAGAGUGGCAGGAGCGGUGCUUCUUCCAAUUCCUCCGCCACGAAUCCAGCCGACCAGAAUGGAACGCCUUCGGAGGGCUACACUACCGGUGCCACCACAUCCACGGCUCAAUCGUCGGGUGGACAAUCAAACCAGCAGCCGCUGGCGGAUACGCGCAUCGAGGACGGUAAGCUGUGGUACGAGCGCCGCUGGUUUCAUCGCGGCCAGCCCGUACACGUGGAGGGCCGGGAUAUUUCGCGCUUCUCGGCCAACAUUUCCGCCAUCGGUGUGGAAGCGAUCUGCGUUAAAAAGACAACCGACGGCCAAAAGGUGCGCAUCUUUCUGUCGCACUUGCGCCGCGGCAAGGUGUCCAUUAAGCGUCGCGCUAAUUAGCCAUGUGUACUGGUCGGGCGGGUCGGUUAGAUAGGUUUACAGAAAGUUGGAGUCGUUCGAUUUCAUCCGUCGCUUUCAAACGUACUGUACUUUGGCGCGUGUUCAUUCGAUGCGGACCUCCCGGCACCUCUCUAAGCUUCGUUACGUUCAGUUGGUAUUAUUAAAAAUAUCUACCGAUCCUCUCUCUAAUCUACCGAGCAUAUAGGAAUUAAGUUUUCCUAAGCGUUAGGCGAUGCCUAGGUUGAACGCUUAAACCUACGAACUGCAAAUACUCGUAACUUUAUCGAUGUAUUUUUCCUUUUUUUUGCUAAGGGCUUAAGGUCUAAUCCAUGAUGGUUAAGAAAACUAGUGGAAAGCAAGUAAUUAGAUGUAUAAAUAAACUUGAUCGUGAAGCUACGAAACGAAACGUA